AUGGUCACUGUGGUGAUGGUGGCUGAGAAGCCUUCCAUCUGCAACGCCAUAGCCAUAGCCCUCAGCGGUGGCAACCAUGAGACCAAAGGAGGAACUCCUCCCGUGCACACGUUCAGGUCCAACUUCAUGGGUAGCAGCGCUCUGUUCAAGGUGACGAGCGUUGUGGGGCACGUCUUCUCUACAGACUUUCCUUCUGCCUACCAGAGCUGGGACAAGGUCGACCCCGUGACUCUGUUUGAUGCGCCCGUGGAGAAGAAAGCUGAGAAGAAGGGGGUUGUACACCUGCUGCAGAAUGAAGGCAAAGGCGCCGACUACCUUGUGUUGUGGUUGGAUUGUGACAGAGAAGGAGAGAACAUCUGCUUCGAAGUCAUCUCAUGCAUCAUGCCAGAAGCUCUCAGCAGGAAGGAACUGAGAACGCCGGGGCCGAAGCAGCGCAUCUUUCGAGCCAAGUUCAGCGCCAUCAACCCGAACGACAUCAAGAACGCGAUGAUGACCCUCGGAGCGCCGAACGAGAACGAGUCGUUGAGUGUUGAGGCAAGGCAGGAGCUGGACUUGAAGGUCGGCGUUGCAUUCUCACGCUAUCAGACCCGCUACUUCCAGGGCAAGUACUCGGAUCUUGACUCGAGGAUCGUCAGUUACGGCCCAUGUCAAACUCCUACGCUCGGGUUCUGUGUGGAGCGACACAUUCUGAUCCAGAACUUCGUGCCCGAGCCUUACUGGGUCCUCUGCCCGACGAUCAAGAUCGAAGGGUAUGGGGCCGUGAAGUUCGAGUGGGAGAGGGGCAGGAUCUUUGACAAGCGGGUCGCCUCUGUCUUCCGAUCCAUCAUGCUUGAGGACAGCCGACUGAAGAUCCUCCGCGUCAACCAGAAGGAGGUGAAGAAAGGAAGGCCGACGCCGUUGAACACAGUUGCGAUGCUGAAGGCUUGCUCCAAGGCCCUGGGGAUCGGACCUGCCAGUGCCAUGCAUACGGCAGAGAACUUGUACCUGCAGGGCUACAUCUCGUACCCAAGGACUGAGAGCACGGCAUACCCCAAGUCCAUGAACAUCGAAGAGACGCUGCGGCAGUUCUCCCGACAUGCGAUCUGGGGCGGGUUCGUGGACGACCUGCUCCCGAGGAACUGGGUGACCCCCAAGAGCGGAGUGGACGUAGGGGACCACCCCCCCAUCACUCCCUGCCGGCUCGCUCAGCCAGGCGACUUGAGUAGCGACCAGGGUCGAGUCUACGAUCUCAUCGCCAAGCACUUCAUUGCGACAGUCUCGCCGGAUGCUGUCUACCUCCAGACAAAGAUCGAAGCUCAGAUUGGAACCGAGAAUUUCACGACGAGCGGGAGGCAGCUGAAGAGACCGGGAUGGCUCGGGUUGUAUCAGAUGAGGUCAGAGUACGAAGACGAAGAGAACUACGAGAUUCGCAACCUCCCAUCAUUCAAAGGCGGAGAGACUUUUCAGAUGACAUCAGAAACCCUACCAAUGGUGGAGAAGAAAACUUCGCCUCCUGGUUACCUGACUGAGUCAGAACUGAUUGCUCUCAUGGAAAAGAAUGGGAUCGGUACUGAUGCUUCCAUGGCUACCCACAUCGAGAACAUCUGCCAGCGAAACUAUGUCAACGUUGAGAGUGGAAGGAGGCUGGUGCCUACCCAGCUCGGUACGGUCCUGGUGCAGGGCUACUACAGGAUCGAUGCAGACCUUGUACUUCCUAUUGUGAGGUCAAACAUCGAGAAGCAGUGCGAUCUGAUCGCAAAGGGGAUGGCGGACAAAGAUGACGUCGUCGCUCACAGCCUUUCAAAUUUUCAAAAGAAAUUUUCCUACUUCGUGAAGAACAUCGAAAUGAUGGACACGCUCUUCGAAGCGUCCUUCUCUCCACUCACGGCCGGCGGCAAGCCAUGGUCCAAGUGCGGCCUGUCCAACAGGUACUUGCAACUGAUCCAGUCGAAGCCGCAGAGGCUGUACAACAAGAACACGGAGCAAGUCUACAACCUGCCCCAAGGAGGAAGCUUCAAGCUCUGGGGGGGACGUGUCUGUCCUGUCGAGGGGUGCGGCUUUGAGCUCUCCCUCUUCGUCGUGGGGGCAGGAAAAGAUCAGCGCAGCUAUCCUCUCUGUCCCAACUGCUACAACAAUCCUCGUCCUGAGUGGGGCCCCGCUCCGAGCUCCAAAGGGCUCAUGACUGAGUGCCCGCACGCAGAUUUUCAUCCUGUGGUAGCGAAGCUCACACUGUGCGAUGACGAGGAGACAAACGGUGUCUUCAUCCUCGAUCCCGGGAGCGCUCCGAACAACUGGAGGCUCGUCAGCACCCGUUCCAACUUCAUGCUCACGUUCCCUAGCGACGUCGUCCACAAGCUGACGGUCUUGAGCGAGACAGACCCGGCCUGCGAGAACCAUCACUUGCUACAGGUGCUCCCUCCUCCUGAUCCAGAUCAGCUCACGUAA